ACUUGUUUUCUACAUACCUAUCCUCAUACUCUCACAGCCAAUCACACAAAAUAUAACCAGGAGGCUUCCUUUUGUUGCUCUUCGACACAGACUGGUACUAACGUAAACAGCACAUUAUGAGCACAUUGAAUGAUGAUAAAUGUGAAAUGGCAGAGGUAGCUCGCAAGAACCAGGACCCUUUCAGCUGUCCUAUCUGUUUGGACCCACUUGACAAUCCGGUAACAAUUCCAUGUGGACAUAACUACUGCAUGGCUUGCAUUGAGGAUUACUGGAAUGAGGACAAGCAAUUGGAGUCCUACAGCUGUCCUGAGUGCAGGGAAACCUUCACACCGAGGCCUGCUCUUAACAAGAACACCAUGUUUGCUGAGGUGGUAGAGCAAUUUAAAAAGGUAAGACUACAGGAUGCUUCACCCUGCAACCGUGGACCUGCAAACGUGGAAUGUAGCAUCUGCACUGAAAGAAAAAGGCAAGCUGUCAAAUUCUGCCCAGACUGUGUCGAGUCAUACUGCGAGGCUCAUACAGUUAGGCAUGAGAAAGCAAACUGUGGAGAGAAACACAUUGUAGUAGUCAUUAGCAGAGAGCCUCGAAUGGAUAUCUGUCUCCGUCAUAACGUCCCACUGGAGAUAUACUGUCGAACCGACCGGCAGUUAAUCUGUUCUCUUUGCUUCGCUGAAAGCCAUAGAGAUCAUGAUGCGGUUUCAGUCGCGCCAAUAAGCGCAGAAAGACGGGACCAUAAAAGUUCCCGCAUGGAUACACAGCAUGGGAACAGGCACACAUCCCACAAGCAUGGAAGGAGGAAACACAAAAGAAACAGGCAUGGUAAUGGACAUGGGAGUAGACACAGAAGCAGCUCCAGAAAGACCUUGCAUUUGAAAAACAGUCAUGAAGUGAGUCAUGAAUGUCAUGGGAGUAAUAUGAUCAGGCAUGGGCAUGUUGUAGGAGAUGGGCAUAUGAAGAGCAAACAUAGGAGUAGACAUGGAAGCUGGCACAUGAGCAGCAGGCAUGAGAGAAAUCAACACUAAUGUUAAAAAGCAUUAAGAUGUGGAGAAUGGUGUGGAAUAUGGCAUGAUUAUAGAAGGCCGUAAGGUCAGAUAUGAGGAAUGGAGGAAGCACUCAAUACUGCGAUUCUUUAUUUGAACCUGAGAUACUUAAAACUUUCUUGCAAGUGAAAAUGUUAAAUUAUUUUUGAAUUAAUGCAUUUAAAUGUUACAAGUAUUAUUUAUUAACAAGUAUUGAGGAUUUCAAAAUGUGCAUCAUGGCGAGUAUUUCUCAACAAAAAGUUUAUAUUUCCAUCUGAUUUUGCAUGAAUUUGAUCUUUUAUAUAAUCUACAAUUUUUUUAUGUUUCUGUAUCUUUAUAUUUUUGUAACAUUAUGGAUGCUGGCAUCUUCAAAUGACUUUCAAAUCCUAAUGAGUGCUCAAUUUCAUACUUACAAUUAUUAAGAAAUCUUUCAGACUCUAUCCACUCACUAAAUCUGUUUAAGCAGUUAAUUCUGAUUACCUAAAAGUUAAUAGUGCUUUGUACAUAAUUUAUAUGAAACUAUUAGUUAUGAACAUAGAGGGAAAAAAUAAUGGUUCCAGACAAUGUAGAAUACAGUGUGUAAAUAUAUAACUGAGUGAAAACAGUUCCACACCCUUACUUCAAAAGUACAAAAGCUAAAAAUUAAAAAAAUCAAAAAAAAAAAAAAAUCAAAUAAGUUAAAUUUUCACUGAUACACUAUCAAGCAACAAAAAUGCCAAAAAGUGUGUUAUAUUAAAAGUGAACCAUUCAAAAAUGAUUUGUGAACUUUUAUUCCACUUGCCUCCUGAAAGCCUCCUGCUGUGUCAAUGGUUCUUCCAAGUAUUUCACUGUUUGUACUGGUGUCCCCUAAACACUUUGAGAUCUUUUUAUACCCUUGUCCCACUGGGUGAUUAUUUUCUGUUACAAGGCUAGUGAUUACUGUUUUUCUGAUCCCAAUGACACUUUACUUGAAAGUUUGGCUUCUCUGCAUUAGACAUGUACUAACUGUUUCAAGUUGUUAGACACAUUAAUGAGGUACAAUCAAAUAAAUUACCCCAUCAAUUACCCAUGGUUCUCAAAGUGGGGUCUGGGAACCUUCAGGGUUCCAUACUUGAUAUCCACAAGGUCCCUGACUGUGUUGCCUCUUUAAAAAUCACAUGACUCUGGACAAUAUCAACUAGUAUCAAGGGUAUGGUUAAAAUUUAAUCAUCAGUGCUAUAAGCCUACCUGACUUGAAAUCAAAGAGUUUAAAUUAAA